GGUUGUUAUCUUAUAAAAGCGCACACUUGUAGUUGCAUUUUUUCAGUCUGUGUUGUGAAACGGGUUGUAUAAAGGUACACACCAUACAUACGAAGACAAAAUGAGGUGCUGGCUCCCCAUCUUAACGGUAUUAGUGACCAGUUUAACAAUUAUUCCACAGAACACCAGUGCAGCAUCCUGUACAAUUUCAAAAUACAAUGCUAAUGACAUCAGAAAUGCCCAAAACGAUUGUUCUCAAAUCGUUAUCAAUAAUAUUGAAGUAGCUGCUGGUGAGACAUUGGAUUUGACACAUCUUAAGCAAGGCACCAAAGUAAUCUUCCAAGGAACCAUCACAUGGGCGUACAAGGAAUGGUCUGGACCAUUGCUUAGCGUUGCAGGUACUAACAUUGAAAUCACCGGUGCCUCAGGUCACGUGCUCGAUGGUAGGGGAUCUCUGUGGUGGGACGGCCUAGGAACAAACGGUGGAAAGACGAAGCCACAAUUCUUUAGAGUCAAACUAACAAACUCGAAUAUAGACAAUAUCAAUAUUAAAAACUCUCCUGUGCAUAUAUUCUCUAUAAGCAACUGCGACAACCUGGUGAUUCAACAAAUCAACAUCGACAAUUCUGCUGGUGACUCUGGCGGUGGCCACAAUACCGAUGCUUUCGAUGUUGGCAACUCCAAUGCCAUCACCAUCAAGCACAGUACUGUUUACAACCAAGAUGACUGUUUGGCAAUCAACUCUGGAACCAACAUCGUAUUCGCCGACAACUACUGUUCCGGUGGACACGGAAUUUCUAUCGGUUCUGUUGGUGGCAGGGACAACAACGUCGUUAAAGGCGUUCAAGUUUACAGAUGCGAGGUUGCCAACUCCGACAACGGAAUUAGAAUUAAGACCGUCUAUGGAGCAACUGGAUCCGUGUCUGACGUCUCAUACGAAGACAUCACCCUGACUGGUAUCCACAGAUAUGGUAUCAUCAUUGAGGGUGAUUACGAAAAUGGAAGCCCCACUGGUACACCAACUGGAGGCGUACCAGUUACCGACUUGACGGUGAAGAAUGUUCAUGGAACAGUCGACUCUUCUGGGGCUAACGUUUAUAUUUUAGUACAGAACGCCGCUAACUGGUAUUUCUCCGGCAUCUCCGUCACAGGUGGAUCUAAAACUAUGGCAUGUACAGGUAUUCCUUCUGGUGCAGGAAUAUCGUGCUGAUUUGGGAAUAUCAUUUAACUUUUUUGUAUUUAAUGUGAACACCUACAUAUUAGUAAUAAACAGUAAUAACAAAAUCUA